CCGUCAUUGUAAGAGUAUAUCUUUCGCUUCCAUCCCGUCCUUCAUUCUGAGCAGUUUGGCCGCUUCAUUGUUCCAUCACAGUCUUUGCUCCACCAUCGCAAUGUCUCAGACCGCUGCUCCUGUGCCCGAUUGGGUCCGCAAACUAAAGCCCUCAGGUCCCCAGGGCACCGAGCUGCUGGCGAACGAGCGCAAACAAUCGAGCGUCAAUGUCGAGAAGCUGAGUCAGUUUAUGUUUGGAAAGGAGGCUCUCGAGCGGAAGGAGAAGGUCUUGAAGGUUCUACAAGCUGAGAAGGUCUUCAACAAGGACCAGGACUAUUUCGAUGGACGCGUCGACAAGUGGGAGAAGGCUCUCGCCAGAGCGAAGAGAAUGAACCAGAUCUAUACCAAGUAUGGUUGGGGAGACCUUGACAAGAGAGUGGCCUACGAUUUGAUCAGCGAGCCACUGCCUUAUGCUUUGCACGAGGGCAUGUACAUCGUCACCAUCAGAGGCCAGGGAACUCCAGAACAGCACAAAAAGUAUCUUGUGCCUGCAGUGGCACACGAGCAUAUCGGAUGCUACGCUCAGACAGAACUGGGCCACGGAUCAAAUGUGCGAGGCCUUGAGACGACUGCCACCUGGAACGAGGAUGACAAGACUUUCACAAUUCACUCGCCUCAUCUCACUGCUUCAAAAUGGUGGAUUGGAUCCCUUGGACGAACGGCCAACCACGCUUGCGUCAUGGCACAGCUCAUCAUCAAGGGUAGACCGUAUGGACCACACCCUUUCAUCGUGCCCAUUCGGGAUCUGAAGACACACAAGCUGCUUGAGAACGUUUACGCUGGCGAUAUUGGCCCCAAGUUCGGCUACAACACCAUGGACAAUGGUUUCCUUUUGUUCAACAACGUCAAGGUCCCACAUGAUGCCAUGUUGGCCAAGUUCUCUGCUGUCGACCCGAAGACCAGCAAGUACCUCAAGCCAGCUUCACCGGCUCUGGUUUACGGUACCCUCACUUGGGUUCGCAGCACCAUCGUUCUUCAGUCCGGAAGCACUCUCGCUCGUGGUGUUACCAUCGCUACGAGAUACCUGGCUGUUCGUCGCCAAUUCCAGGAUCGCGAUGCACCUGCAGGACAGAAAGGCGAGAACCAGACACUCAACUACACAAUGGUCCAAGCAAGAUUACUGCCACUUCUGGCUGCCACCUUCGCGCUUCACUUCACUGGCAAGAGCAUGAUGGAGCUUUACGAAGCAAAUCAGAGCAAGAUGCAAAGUAGACCGUCAAAUACUGACGACUCGCCAUCGAAGCGCAGUGCUGGUCCUGAGGAAGUCAAUGCAGGCUCAGAUCUCCUCGCCGAUCUCCACGGCACGUCAUGUGGAUUGAAGUCUUUGUGCUCCACCACUGCCGCCGAAGGCCUUGAGGUCUGCCGCAGAGCCAUGGGAGGCCACGGAUAUAGUGCUUUCUCUGGCGUUGGCAGCUGGUAUGCUGACUACCUGCCAACGGUCACAUGGGAGGGUGACAACUACAUGUUGACCCAGCAAGUCGCUCGAUACCUGCUUAAGUCCGCAAGGACAGUGCUGAAGGGCAACGACCCUACCAACGACACAACCGAGAUCCUGCACUUUUACCUCAAGCGCCAGGAUACAGGCGCUGCUUUCGACGUCCUCGGCAAGGACAGUGAUAUUGUCGCUGCCUUUGCAUGGCGAUCAGCAUACUUCACCUUCGAAGCGCUCCGCGCUCGUGACCAGGAAAAGAAGUCUUGGAACUCUCUGCUCGUUGCAUUCUACAACCUUUCUCGCGCACAUUCGCAAUACCUUGUGGUGAAGAAUUUCUACGAGACUAUUCACUCGCACUCCAUCAGCAGUGAACUCGAUCCAGAGACCCUUGGCCUGAUGCACAAGCUCUUCCGUCUGUACUCCCUGAACACCCUCGUGUCGGAGUCUAGCGAGUUCUUUACCAGCUCCGCAUGCACAGUCGCACAGAUCCGUCUCGCAAGAUCGAAGACCGUGAUGCAGUUGCUCGAGGAGAUACGACCCCACGCUGUCCGCCUUGUUGACUCUUGGGACUUCCCAGAUUGGCAGCUCAACAGUUCUCUUGGAAGAUAUGACGGGAAGGUAUACGAGGACAUGUUCUAUCGCGCUGCGGAGCUGAACCCAUUGAAUAAGAAGAUUGUGGAUCCAUACCCGAACAGCCCUGUGCUGUUCAGAGAGGGCGGUAAUGGUCCUUACGCUGAUAUACUUAAGUCAAGCCCCAAGCUUUGAAUGAUUGACGCUAUUUGCAUUGGGUUGGGUUUGGAAAGCGGAUUUAGAACUGUAUAAAUGUACAUAAGCGAUGCCAAUAACAGAGCAUAUUAGAUCUUAGCCUCUUUUGAGGCCUCGCCACUG